AUGCAUCCCACUACUCUCUUGGUUUUUGCUGUCGUCGCCACGGCUAGUGCCACGGUUAUUCCAGCUAUUCACAGAAAUGAUCUCCAAAAGCGAUCGCCAGGAUAUGGUAGAUCUAGAUUUAGACAUCACCAAUUUGGACAUCAACAGUUUGGGCAUCAUCAGCAGUUUGGACAUCAUCAAUUUGGACAUCAACAGUUUGGACAUCGUCAGUUUGGUCGCAGAUAUUAG